UUGUGGUCUACUUAUGGCUGCUUGAUCCAUAUUUUUCUCUCUCAUUCUCAUACCGGUUCCUUCAGGUUGGUCUUCUGAUGGUUUGAUAUGUUACCAGUCAAACCGACAGGCAUUUACUGAUCCCUUUGGUAGGAGCAAGUUGGAUCAUGUUCAGUGUCAAUACUGAAGAAACAAGAAGAAAGGUUUUCGAUGUGUGAAUGAUAAUUAGACCAAAUCAAAAGCAGGACACCGUUUUCCAAAUUCAUUAGGGUGUUCAAAUGGUGAUUUUGUUUUCAUCCUGAACCUAACUUCCACUCUUUAUCGGUGUAUCCAGUUGUUCAUCUUACUCUUGUCUGAAGAUUGCAAAUACUAGCAUUCAAAGGAUAUGAGUCUCUCUAAAGAUGUGAACGUAUCCAUAUAAAUAUAAAUAUAUAGUAAGAAGUAUACACACUAAAGUACUAAUCCUCUUAUGCACAUGACAUACUACAACAAACCAGAGCCAGUUGGAGGAAGCAGCCAAACUAUAGGUGGGCUACACCAAUCAAUGUCCCGAUUUAUCACGUACCUUCCACUUAAGAAUCAGUCAAACAUUCUCGAAACGGAUAAAUUUUCUGAGGAUAGAAUAACAGUCUUCAGAGAAGAAGCAUCUAGUACUUGUUGUAAAAAGCCGAUCUUAACAAGCAUUUUUCCUUCUAGUGAAACAAUCUUAAUCAGAUUAACUGAUAAGACACAGAAGAGUAGCAAACCAGAGGUUUCUAAUAUUAUAUACUUCUUGAAAGAUAUCUUAAAAACGCAGCUUGAUGGAUGUAUCUAUUGACUUUGUUUUGUAACCAUUCUGAGUCAAAGUGCUUACUUAAAGAUUCAACUUUCCUAUUAUCCCUUUAAAUACAAGGGACAAAAUAAGAAGUUACUUUGCCCAUACCUGUUGUAUAUAUAUCUCUACACAUGCAGAGCAACUACUCAACCUACUUUCUUCAUAUCUUCCUUUCUCUCUGUUCCAUCUAAAUAGCAUUAAAACAUCUUUAUAUCCUCUUUGAAAAUGAAUAUCGUAAUCGAACACAACCCUUCUAGCAUAAAGUUAGCUGAACUUGGAGUAAUGUCAUGGCCUAAAUGGUCUUGUCAGCCGGGGAAAUAUGCAUUGGUAUUUGAAGAAAGAGAGACAUGCUAUUUGUUGAAGGGGAAGGUGAAGGUGUAUCAAAAAGGGUCAUCAGAGUUUGUAGAGUUUGGUGCAGGAGACCUUGUGAUCAUCCCCAAGGGACUAAGCUGCACUUGGGACGUAUCUCUUUUCAUUGACAAGCACUACAAGUUCGAUCCUCCUACUUCUCUAUAAUUUUGUCCUGCUUACGAUCUAGUUUUGGGUUUAGUCUUUAUCACCAGGAAGCACAUAAGAUUCUAUAUCCAGAUAAUAAAGUAUAUAAGAGAAACCAAGAAGACAAUGCUUCGGAUAUGUACAAAGCCCCUCCUAUAUUAUGUUUUCAAAUGCUACUUCUUUGUUUGUUGAAGAACAAAGAACUGGCAUGUGCCCUUUCAGUUUAAAAUUCAUAUAACAAAAAAACAUCAAAACAA